GUGCAAUAAUUAUGUAUAUUUAGAUGUUUGAUACAUUGAAUUAUGCAUUGCAUGUAUUAUAUUUCAUACCUGAUUCAGUUUGUCCGAGGAAGAGGGAGGCCAAUUCGAUCUGCUGUUUCAUCAGGCACCUCGGCAAGAUGGCACACCUCGGAAGAACCAGACAUUACGCCACCUGUGAUAGUGUUUCGACCAGCUAGAACUCCAGGUCCUCAGAUGAUACCUGUGGAGUCGUACAGUGCUCUGGAACUGUUUCAGCAGUUUUUUUCACCCUUAGUGUGCCAGACGAUCGCACAGAAUUCUAAUGCCUAUGCAGCAAAAAAUCAAGACACUGCAAGGAAGCCAUGGCAGGACAUGUCAGUGAAAGAUUUUUUCUCCUACCUGUCACUAGUAAUAUACAUGGGUCUGGUAAAAGUUCCUGGUGCAAAAGACUACUGGAAUGGGUCCAGACUGUAUACACUAGGCUUUCCAGCUAGUGUAAUGUCAGGCCGAAAAUUUCAGGCCAUAUCAUCAGCCCUGCAUCUCAGUGACCCAAAAGAGGAUGCUGAAAACAUGCGCAAAAAAGGAACCCCAGCCUAUGAUCGCCUUGGCAAACUGAAGCCGGUCUAUCAGCAGAUACGGACUGCAUGCAAGACUUUCUUUCAUCCUCAUCAGGACAUUGCAGUAGAUGAACGAAUGGUGGCUUCAAAAGCCAGGAUAGGGCUAAAACAAUUUAUGAAAGACAAGCCAACCAAAUGGGGGUACAAACUUUUUGUUUUAGCUGACUCCAAGUAUGGCUACACGUGGGAUUUUUUUAUCUACGAGGGGAAAUCCCCUGUAGCACAGGCUGAACAAACUAAAGGACUCAGCUAUGAGUCUGUGAUGGCACUGGUGGAUAAAAGAACGUUAGGAACAGGCUACAAGCUCUACGUGGACAAUUUUUACACCAGUCCAUUACUCUUCAGAGACCUCCUCCAGAAGGGCAUUUGGGCCUGCGGCACAAUUCGCAGCAACCGGGUGGGCUUCCCGCAAGCCACUGACAACAGGCUGCCCAGAAAUGCUCCCCGUGGCAGUAUAAGAUGGAUUCGUGAUGACAAGUUACUGUUUGUUGAAUGGAAGGACACAAGGGAGGUGCUCAUGUGCUCCUCCUUCCAUUCAGCAAAUGGUGACUGCAAGGUACAGAGGAGGAUCAAGACUGGAGCUGGAGAAUGGAUGGUGCAGAAUAUUCCCAUACCUACUGCAGUGGUUGACUACAACAAGAACAUGGGAGGAGUGGAUCUCUCCGAUGCCCUCAUCGGAUAUUACAGCGUCCUCAAAAAGACCAGGAAGUGGUACCGUGCCCUGUUCUAUCACUUCGUUGAUAUUGCCGUGGUGAAUGCAUUCAUCAUUCAUCAGCAGAUGGCUCUAGUACGGAAACAAAAACCCAAAACCCAAAGAGAGUUUCGUGAAGCCCUGGUUCUGGAGCAGGCAGAUUGGAAUGACCCUUCUGGUCCUGAUCCAGUACCAACUGCACCCCCAGGCCAUCAGUGCCACAGGCCCAAAUUCAUCACUGAAACCAGUGAUGAUUCGAGGAGGAGAUGCAGAGUGUGCCAUCAAAAAACACUCGUAAUAUGCCAGGCAUUUAAUGCACACCUGUGUUUCCAGGCAACAAGAGAUUGUUUCAACCCCUGGCAUGAAGAGCAUAAUUUGUAG